AUGCCUUUGCUAGAGGAGAUGUGUGACAAUCACUUGAACCCGAAUGUCUUCACAUUUAACAUUCUUGUCAAUGGGCUCUGCAAAGCCCAUAAGAAGGAAUACAAGAGAUUGAGGAAAGAGAGAUCCGAGAUUACCCUCAAGACGGGAAAUAGGAGGGCCUUGGUGCCACCUGGUGUUGGAUAUACAAAUGAAAACUUACAACCCAUUCCUGAAGAGUUUGGACCUCGAAGAAGCCUUUUGUCACAUGCAAAUGAGCUGCUGGUGUUCGAGGUCCAGCUCUUGAAGAUACUACUAUUCAUCCUCUCUCUUUCUGCAACCCAUUUCUGUCCAGCUCAACAAUGGUGGAAGCUGGGUUAUGGUGGGUAUGGGGGUUUUGGUGGGGCUGAUGGGGCACAUGGUGGUGCAGUAGGCUAUGGUGCUGUUGGUGGUCAUGGGGGUUUUGUAUCGAGUGGGACUGGUGUUUCGAGAGGAAGUGCCGGUGGUGUAGCUAGUGGUGAGCAAGGUGGUGGAGGCCAUAUGCGAAGUGGAUAUGGUGAUUUGAAUGGGAAUGUGGGGUUUUGGAGGUCUGAUAUGUCUUCUCAAGGUGGUGCUCAAGGCUAUGGGGUCCCUCCAGCCAAUGGGCCUCCCAGUUCUAGGUUGGAAAACGGGAAAGUCUUCUACUCCGACUUCAAAUGGGGGAAAAGCUUCUUCGAAGUUCAAAACAGUUGCAGCAUCAUCAAAAGGGAAGGUGAUCGCAGCAAAAGAUGCAAAUGUAGGGAAAGAAAAUUACGACAAGGCAGGAAAAGCGGUAGGGGCGGUUCGUCACGAGAAGGAAAGAAAAGUGCACAAGUUGUGGAACUAAACAUUGAACAAGGUUCAUUGAAUGCCUACGAUAAAAGUACUGAAUCGGUUACAGUUGUUGGUGGGGUGCCCCCUGGGCUCACUGGCCUUACCAUGGACAAGUCGGUAAAGUUCUCUUAUGAGGAGCUUGCUUCAGCGACAAAUGGGUUCAGCAUGGCUAAUAAAAUUGGUGAAGGUGGCUUUGGGUCUGUUUAUUAUGCGGAGCUUAGAGGAGAGGUCUCAGUCAUUAAAAAGAUGGAUAUGCAAGCACCUAGAGAAUUUCUAGCUGAAUUGAAGGUUUUGACCUGUGUUCAUCACUUGCACCUGGUUCGCUUGAAAGGAUUCUGCACUGAGACUUGUCUUUUUCUUGUUUAUGAGUUCAUUGAAAAUGGAAAUAUAAGUCAACAUUUAUGGGUAUCAGGCGGAAGUGAGCCACUGCCAUGGUCAGCCAUAUUGCAAAUUGCUCUAGACUCAGCAAGAGGUCUCGAAUAUAUUCACGAACACACUGUACCUGUAUAUAUCCAUAGAGAUAUCAAAUCAGCCAACAUAUUAAUUGACAAAAACUUUCGUGGGAAGGUUGCUGAUUUUGGAUUAAAGAAACUAACCAAAGUUGGAUGUUCCUCACUUCCAACACGCCUUGUGUGCACCUUUGGAUAUAUGCCUCCUGAAUAUGCUCAGUUUGGCGAUGUUUCUCCUAAGGUGGAUGUCUAUGGCUUAGUUGUUCUAUAUGAACUUAUUUCAACCAAGCAAGCAGUUGUAAAGACAGGUGGUUCUGUUACCGAAUCGAAAGGACUUGUUGCACUGUUUGAGAGCGUUUUGAAUGAACCUGAUGCAAGGGAGAAACUCUGCCAACUUGUAGGCCCGAGACCUGGGGAUAAUUACCCUCUUGAUCCAGUUUAUAAGAUGGCCCAGCUUGCAAAGGCUUGUACACAAGAGAACCCCCAGCUGAGACCGAGUAUGAGGUCAAUAGUGGUUGCUUUGAUGACACACUCAUCAUCAACUGAGGACUGGGAUGUUGGCUCCUUCUAUGAAAAUCAGGCCUUACUGAAUCUCAUGUCCAGAUAGGAUAUGAUCUUAUUUUCUAACAUGGUGAUGAGGAAGCUUUUGAUUUGAUUGUAAAUGCUUGUAACAAAAAGAGAUGAGUGUUGCUGGUUACGAGUCCAGCAUGGUUGGAGCUCACUUCUUGUAUGAGCAGGGAAAAUAUCAUGUAACUAGAUAGUGGUCAGAAAACAUGCAUCUGGCAUGCUAGCAGUGUGAAGCGGUUGUACAAGAUAUUAUUUUAGUGCCGUGAAAGUACUGUUUCGGUUGUCA